UUGGGCUAGAUCAUUUACACCAUUUCAAUUUAAUGUCAGCGUACAAAGUAUUCAAAGUGUAGAGUCAUUUAAUGGCAUUAUUAAGAAGGCUUUAAAUAGUGCUAAUACACUGUGUGAUAUUGAAAAAAUAAUUAAUAAAAAAAAUGAGGAUGAAUCUCAAUAUUUUCUAUACUCUAUCGAAGCUUCAGAAUUGGAAACUAUUAAUGACUAUUUUAUAGAAGAUGUAUUGGAUGAGCCACAAACUACUUUACAGUCUCUUUUAAGUAAUAUGGAAGCUAAAAAUAUAAUUGAACUUGGAGAAUUCGUCUAUAAGGAUAGUAUUUAUACUAAAUUAGAUUUUAAUAUUAAAAAUUCUCCUGUAUUUACUGCAUUAGAAUCACCCUUCAACUGUUCUUUUCAAGUAAUCUUUAAUUUUCAAAGUGUACAAAAUUUUAAUAAAUCUGAUUGUAAUAAAGUAGAUCACAAAUGUAUAUCACAAAGAAAUCGAUAUGAAAUUGCAUUUUCAACAGCCAAAACUGCUAUUAAUAUUGUUUUAGAAACUAAUAAAGAUGCAGAAUUGAUUCAACUACUAAAAGAUUUUAUUGUGAUGAAUCAAAAGAAGCAUAAAGGUGAUAUGGAUGAAUCUAAAGAAAAUGUUAUUACAGAAAAUUACAACUCUAAAGAGGAUCAGGAUACUGAAGAAAUAAUUCUAUUACAAGAGCAUUUAAUUGAUCAGAUAACUAGUUCUAAUAUUAUUAAACUUCGUGGUGCUUCUCACAAAAGAAGACUUAAAGCUGUUACAGAAUUAUCAAAAGGAAAAGCAUUUAAUAAAGUCAUGAAUAUUGUUCAAGAAGCUGAUCAUAGUGAAACAAGCUCAAGACAACAACGCAGAUGCUUAUUAUAUAAAAACCCAGACAUUAUCAAAAGAAAUGUUUAUUUGUUAAUGUAG